GUAUUAACUCCACUUCGCUUCUCUCUCUAUAAUUACUCUUUGAGCGUCUCUCUCGAUAAUAUUGAGUAUUUGCUAACUUAAGUAUCGGAGUGUUUUCCCGAAAAAACAUCUUCAGGAAUUUCAGAUGUUGAAGCAGACGAAGGAAUAGACAGUGUUGGAUUGUGAAGCUGCCUAAACAACAUGCUUGUCGGCUUGACUUGUCUCUUGGUCAUAAUCUUCUACGCUCACAAGAGCGAUGCCUACGUGCGUAUCAACGUGGGUCUCGGCCUAUUCGUCGUGGCCUUGCUCGUGGUGCCCGUUUUGAAUGCGGUGUACAUUAAGGAUCAGGUUGGACUGUACGCCGGGUUUUACGCGACGGUGGGAGCGAUUGGGUUGUCGGAUAUAGCAGAUGCGCUUGUUCAAGGUGUGCUCAUUGGGGCUGUCGGAUAAUUGCCUGAAAGGUAUAAGCAGGCUAUUGUUGCAGGAACUGCAGGUUCUGUUCUGAGGAUCCUGACAAAAGCCAUAUAUCCCCAAGAUGAAGAUGGCCUGAGAAAAAGUGCUAAUCUUUAUUUUGCGAAUGGGAUUGUGGUUAUGGUCAUAUGUAUUAUCUUGUAUAACGUCGCAGAGACUUCCUGUUAUGAAGUAUUAUGAAAAGUUGAAGAUUCGGACCAGAAAUGAAGCGAAAGAGGAAAGAGGUCCUCUGACGGGGUCUGCUUGGAGAUCAAGCUUGUGGAUUAUAAUUGGUGCAGUCCAGUGGUGUGGCCUUGGGAUUGUUCUCAUAUGUAUAGUGACCUUGGCAGUAUUUCUCUUUUGUAUAAAUGAAAAGCAGUAAACUGCUAUUCAGACAAAUUGUGCUUUGAAAUUGAAGUAAUAAAAAAAACCAUGGCCA